AUUUCUCCCCUCUCUCUCUCUAACUCCAGCUCAUUGUCUGUGUUCUUGCUGCCUCUCUGUGUGUGGCUGCUUCUUCUUCCUCUGCUCGAGGUUUGGCUGGCUGUGGCUGUGGCGGUGGUGGUGGGUGGGGGCAGAAGAACCCUCCCGGGAGAAGAUCUUUGAGGAAGGGAAGGGUGGGGGGAGAAAGAAAGAAAGAAGCUGCCAAGAAACGCCGCCAUCUGGAUGUGCUGAGACCGAAUCUGUCACGGCGGUGAGAAGGUUGUGAAAUCAUGGUUUCAAGGUCAUAUUCAAAUCUUCUGGAUAUGAGUGCUGAAGAUGUGUUUGACUUUCAGCAACCAUUUAGAUCGCUCCCUCGUUUUGUGACCUCUCCAAGCAUUACAUCCAAUCCUGAUUGGGAAACAAGUAAUGGCAAUGAUUCAGUUGGUCCUGCAUCUUCUUGUUGUUUGAGGAAAAUAAUUGUCUCCAAUUUUCUUCCACUGAACUGUACCAAAGAUGAAGCUACUGGACAGUGGUCCUUCUCAAUGGAUGACAGUCAACUACUCGUCCAACUUAAAGAUGGAUUUCCAAUAGAGAGUGAAGUUGUUUAUGUGGGUAGCUUAAAAGUUGAAGUUGAUCCUGGUGAGCAAGAUCAACUUUCUCAGAAGCUUUUCAGAGAAUACAAAUGCAUACCUACUUUUCUCCCAGCUGACCUCCAGCAGCAGUUCUAUCAUGGAUUCUGUAAACAGCAAUUAUGGCCACUUUUCCACUAUAUGCUUCCUAUCUGCCUUGACAAAGGCGAGCUCUUUGACCGCUCCCUUUUUCAAGCUUAUGUUCGGGCAAACAAAAGAUUUGCUGACAAGGUUAUGGAGGCCAUCAAUUCAGAUGAUGACUGUGUGUGGGUUCAUGAUUAUCACCUCAUGCUUGUCCCUACCUUUUUAAGAAAAAAACUUCAUCGGAUCAAAGUUGGUUUUUUCCUUCACAGUCCAUUUCCCUCCUCUGAAAUUUAUAGGACACUGCCAGUAAGAGAUGAAAUUUUAAAGUCUCUUCUAAAUGCUGAUCUCAUUGGCUUUCAAACAUUCGACUAUGCUCGCCACUUCCUUUCAUGUUGCAGCAGAUUGUUAGGCCUUAAUUAUGAGUCAAAACGUGGUCACAUCGGUAUAGAGUACUUUGGCCGUACAGUGAGCCUCAAGAUCCUUGCUGUGGGUGUACAUGUCGGCCGUCUUGAGUCUAUCUUGAGGCUUCCUUCCACAAUUAGCAAGGUUAAAGAGAUCGAGCAUAGGUAUAAGGGUAAGAUGGUGAUGUUGGGCGUAGAUGAUAUGGAUAUCUUCAAAGGGAUCAGUCUAAAAUUGCUUGGCUUGGAACUUCUUUUGGAGAGAACUCCAAAGCUAAGAAGGAAGGUUGUCCUUGUGCAGAUUGUAAAUCCUGCAAGAAGCAAUGGAAAAGAUGUCGAAGAAGCAAUAAAUGAAGCCAUCUCUGUAGCUGAAAGGAUAAACAUUAAGUAUGGUUCUGCUGAUUACAAGCCUGUCAUCCUUAUUGACUACCCCAUACCUUCGUAUGAAAAGAUUGCAUACUAUGCUGCAUCUGAUUGCUGUAUUGUAAACGCUGUGAGAGAUGGUAUGAACUUGAUACCCUAUGAAUAUACUGUCUGCAGGCAGGGAAAUGAGGAAAUUGAUAAGCUCAGAGGUGAUGAUAAAAGCUCACUCCACACAAGUACACUAAUUGUGUCUGAGUUUGUGGGUUGCUCCCCAUCUCUUAGUGGUGCUUUCAGGGUAAAUCCUUGGAGUAUUGAAGAUGUAGCCGAUGCAUUAUAUAAAGCAAUGGAUUUGACUCAGUCAGAGAGGAGGUUGCGUCAUGAUAAGCAUUAUCGCUAUGUCAAUACUCAUGACGUUGCUUACUGGGCACGCAGUUUUGCCCAAGAUCUAGACAGAGCGUGCAAGGAUCACUAUAGCCGAAGGUGUUGGACCACUGGGUUUGGUUUGAAUUUCAGAGUUAUUGCUCUUUCUCCUGGAUUUAGAAGACUAUCUUUGGAACACUUCGCUUCUUCUUAUAAGAAGACUAAUAGAAGGCUGAUAUUUAUGGAUUAUGAUGGCACUCUUGUGCCCCAAUCAUCAGUCAACAAAGUUCCAAGUGCGGAACUCAUUUCUAUCCUUACAAGCUUGUGCAAUGAUCCGAAGAACUGUGUAUUCAUAGUCAGUGGAAGAGACCGCGCUACCCUUAGUGAGUGGUUUGCUCCAUGUGAGAAGCUUGGUAUUGCUGCGGAACACGGCUAUUUUAUCAGGUGGAGCAAAGAAGCUGAAUGGGAAACAAGCUCAUCAGUGCAAGAUUGUGAAUGGAAGAACAUUGCUGAGCCUAUCAUGGAUAUAUAUAAGGAGACAACUGAUGGGUCUACCAUAGAGACAAAGGAGAGUGCGCUAGUAUGGCAUUAUCAGGAUGCAGAUCAUGACUUCGGGUCGUGCCAGGCGAAGGAACUAGUGAGCCAUCUUGAGAGGGUGUUGGCAAAUGAACCUGUUGUGGUUAAGCGUGGUCAUCAAAUUGUAGAAGUUAAACCCCAGGGAGUUAACAAGGGGAUUGUUGUGGACACAGUCAUUCGGAUGCUAAUCAACAACGAAUUCGCCCCAGAUUUUCUUAUGUGCAUUGGUAACGAUCGAUCAGACGAGGACAUGUUCGAGAGCAUCAACGAAGCAACCUCCCGUUCUGUGUUUCCCACUGCUCCAGAUGUCUUUGCCUGCUCUGUUGGCCAGAAGGCUAGCAAAGCAAAAUACUACGUUGAUGGGUGCAGUGAAGUGAUCAGAUUACUCAAGGGUGUUACGGCCAUUUCAUCCCGAAGGGAGGUUAUCAACCAGAGUCAAGUAUUCAGGGAUAUACUUGAGGUUGUCAGCUGAACCAUGAUCUGUUACAUCGGAUCUAUUGGCUGCGAAAAUGUGUUCAGCCUGAUAUUUUCAGAUCUCCAAGGACUAGGACUCAUCAUUGCAAGAACAUGAAAACUGCCCAUGGCUCGCAAUCAGCCACCAUGAAGCAUCCAUCCAUCAAUGAAGCAAAACUGGUAUUAGCAUCCCUCCAUCAAUGAAACAAAACUGGUAUUAUGAGCCGCGGGUCUCUGAUUUAAGGUCAAGAAUAAGUAGUUCUGAUGAACCUGCAGGCAACUCUGGUUGUGGAUAAAAAGAGGCUCAUGUACAGCUCUUGGCUUGAAUCUGUUCUCUUGGAGAGUCUAGUUUAGAACUUUAGAUUGCAUCAUGUAUAUUUCUUUUAGAGAAACUUUGGAAAUAUGGUGCUCUUCUUUUUGCCCUGAUUCGUUGGGGGGGGGGGGG